ACCUAAUAGAUCGCCCUGUAAGACCCCAGUGUUCCUUAUUACACCAAGAAUACCCGUCCACAAACGAAAUCAACUUCCAAUUUCCUCCUUAAAAAGCCUCAAGCCCUACAAAAAGAGUGACUGAUUCAGCUUGGUCAGCAGUAGUAGAUCCAAAACGAAAAAAUUACAUUCCCAUUAAAAUCUCUGAAAAACCCCCGGCCCGCUGGCAGCUAUCCAUCACAAAUUUGUUUUAAAAACCCUGUUAAGGGAGGUUGCCCAUUCACUCUCGCCCUAGAUUUCAACAAACCUAAGCAGCGGGAGCACUGUGCUAUCUUCUGCUACUAUCUGCGAGCAACGCCUGCUGCUACUUGACGAGGGCAACAGUAAUGUAAUGCGUGCUCGCCCUAGAUUUCAACAAACCUAAGCAGCGGGAGCACUGUGCUAUCUUCUGCUACUAUCUGCGAGCAACGCCUGCUGCUACUUGACGAGGGCAACAGUAAUGUAAUGCGUGCUCGCCCUAGAUUUCAACAAACCUAAGCAGCGGGAGCACUGUGCUAUCUUCUGCUACUAUCUGCGAGCAACGCCUGCUGCUACUUGACGAGGGCAACAGUAAUACACCUACACAACCUGCAAACCCUAGAAUUUUCAGAAGAGUCCUCCAGCGAUGCUGACAAUGGUGCACCCAGUAGCUCCUCAACUCUCCGUUCAUUGCAGGCAAGAAUGGAGUUUUACGCCAGAGCUGGAGAGGUAUCAGAAGCGCAGAGGACACUUUACGAAAUGGCGGGCUUAUCGGGUAACAAACCCUCUGCCUAUGAUUAUAAUGCUCUCUUUUACAACUACCUCAAAUCACCGGAUGCUUCUUUGUCGAAAUUGGUUGAAAUUUUUACGAGAAUGAACAAUUUUGGCCCUUUGCCUAAUGCCUCAACUUAUAAUAUAAUGCUUAAUGGGCUUUUUAGAUUAGGGUUCUUGGACGAAUCCUGUAGGAUUGCGGAGGAAAUGCAUCGAAAUGGGUUUGUUCCCUCGUUUGCUUCUCUGAUGAAAUUGUUAAAUAGACUUCUGAAUUCAGGCUUUUUUGAGCGAUCGAUUGAUAUGCUAGAACUGAUGUUGAGAUUGGAUUAUAUUCCCACUUUUCCGAGUGUUAAUUAUCUGAUCAGUUAUUUGAGCAAUAGUGGUUGGGUCCGUGAGGCAUUUUUCUUGUAUUGGGUUCUCUGUGAUAGGGGUUUUGUCCCAAAUGUGUACAGUUACAACCCAAUUCUUUUGGGUCUCUGCAAAUUUGAGGGAAGCUCUUGUGCUCUGGCCUUCUUUUGCCAACUCAAAAAGAUGGGUUUUGUUCUUAAUGUGUAUUCAUAUACAGCUCUGGUUCAUGGGUUUUGCAGAGAAGGAUUAUUGGGCGAAGCCUAUCAGGUUUUGCAGUUAAUGGACGAUGAGGGUUGUGAGCCCAGCACUGUUACUUACACUAUACUCAUCAAGUUUCUCUGUGACCAUGGCAAGGUUGAUGAAGCUUUUGGGAUUUUUGCAGAAAUGGAGAAACAUGGUGGUUAUCCUGAUUUGGUUUCUUAUAAUAUAAUUCUUCGGGCUCUUUGUUGCUGCCAUAGGGUUCCAGAAGCCUGUGAGUUGAUGCGUGUUAUGGAUGAGAAGGGUUUCUCUCCUGAUCAGUUUAGUUACUGUGCAUUGAUUGGAGGUUUUCUCAAAGUGGGGCAAAACUCUUAUGGUGUUAAGCUAAUGGAUCAUAUACUUAAUAGUGAUCUUGACUUAGAUGUUGUGAACUGUAAUAUUUAUUUUAAUUGGUUAUGCCAUGCGAAUAGAUGAAGAGAUGCCUAUAAUCUGUUGAUGCUUUUGAAAGGCAAGGGUUUUAACCCAACAAUUGUUACUUUCAAUACCAUAAUAAACGGUUUUUGCUUGGAGGGAAGACUUGAGGAAGCUAUAGAGAUUCUUGAUCAAUUAACUGGAAUUGGAUGUAAGCCUGAAUUGGUUUCUUACAAUACUGUUAUGUGGGCAGCUUGUAAAGAGGAAGAUGGUGAAAAAAUACGUAGAAUUUUGCAUCAGAUGGUGAUUGAUGGCCUGAAAAUUAGUCUAUUUAUCUGCACCUCUUUGAUUCAAUACUUUUGCAGUCGUGAUGAAUUCUCAGAAGGUUUUAAGUUAUUGGAUGCCAUGAAAAAUAUUGGCAUGAGUCCUACCAUUAUUACUUACAAUGUUCUGAUGGAUGCCCUCUGUAAAAAGGGGUUGUGUAAAACCGCCCUUAGGGUUUUCAAGGAUUUGAAGAACUUGAGGCUUUUCCCCGAUAGGAACUCUUUUAACAUUCUUCUGCAUGCUUUUGUUAAAGAGCCCCAGUGGCCACUAGUGAGCAAGCUAUUGAUCGGUAUGCAUGAACAGAGUUUGAUGCCUGAUGCUUACACUUUCAGUUCCUUGAUCUAUGGCCUCUGUAAACAUCAGGAGGUGUCUUCUGCCAUAUAUCUGCGCGAUCAGAUGCUACAAAAUGGAAUAAAACCUACUACCAGUGUAUAUAAUACUCUGUUGGAUGCCAGUCUUAACAGAUGCAAGUUAUGGCAAAUAUAUCAUAUCUUAGUUGAUAUGGCUAGAGAUGGGUGUGAACUGGAUGCAGUGUCCUUUAGUAUUUUGGAUUGUGUUUUGUCAGAAGGUGGCCCUUACGGAUAUCCGAGGGCUAUUAUGAUGCUGAAGGCUUUUAUUAAAAUGGUUAUGGAACAGUGACAUAAUAUAACUGACAAAAUUUUACGAGAACUUUUUCGAGUUCCUUUUGGUUUCAACCAUGAGGGUUAUUGUUGAAUCAGUCUUAGAUCUACACGGUCUGGUAUAAUGUAAUCCUCAAGAUUGCAUGAUUUAUGUGGUCAUGAGGGUCAUUACUUUUUAAUCAAUAGAUCAGACAUGGAUGGAGGGGAGUGAGACCAAACAACACAGUAAUGUUAUGAUUCUCCCACAUUAUCCAAUCCCAUUGAUUGGUUGGACAUUGAUGUUGGCCGUUGAUCAAAUUUAGAGCAGAGAAAUUGUUCUAUGAUUGAUUACCUCAUGUAAUCAUUAGGUGUGAUAUGCAGUAUGUACAUGAUGCAAUGGGAGUUUGUUCGUUGUUGUUGAAAGUUGAAAUCCAACUACUUUCGACUGGGUCUGGAAAAGAUAUUAUCUCACUGAUAUGGCUUUCCAUCUUUGAAAUUGCCAUUCUCGAGGAAGGCCUGCAUCUUCUCCACAGAGACCACAGCAGCAUCCCUCACUCUCGCCACACCAGCAGAAUCCACCACAGUAGCGUGUCUCUCUCUUGCCACACAGGUGAUUGCAGGCAUAAAAUAUUGGUGAGUCGUCAGAGGAACGAUUGAACGAAAUCUCAGUUUGGCCUCUUGGCCUAUACAUAAAAUCUGGUUUGCAGCAUGGCCUCUUGGCCUAUACAUAAAAUCUGGUUUGCAGCAUUGAUCUGCCCUAUUUUCGAGUCACUGUGAUGUAGUUAUCUAUUGUGCCUGGUUUGAUUGUGGUGUUUCCAAUGUAAUAUGUUCCUAUGCUUUUGUCAUUGGCAUGGUGAUUGGGUUUAGGGAGAAGUGGUCUAACUUAUAUUGUGCAGAAUUUUUGUUUGGUUUUUGAGGGACAAUUGGUGUGUUGGUUGUCUGAGGACUCCUUGAUGUACAUUAUAGAAGGAAUAUUUUUAUGACAGUUUAUGGACAUUUGGUAGAAA